GUAGUUUGCACGCGGGGAAGGUGGGCUAGGUGGGAGGGGCAGGGCUGCGACUGGGUUCGCGUGGGAAGGGUUGAUGCUUAAGGUGUCGUUUGGGCUCAGAGAGGUAAACGCUGAAGAGAAACCAGAGUUCGUUCCCUCUUCCAAGGUGCGUGGAGAUGAGGGUUAACGGAACCCCACGCCUCCUCGGGUUUCCAAGGUUCGGAUUCGAAACUGACCUCUCUUGGUUCUACGCGCCUCCGAUUCGGGACGUCGGGGUUCGGUACCAGACUGCUCUGGGCGCUGAAGGCCGACCCCAUUCCUCUGCUUUUUGUCGGUUGUGGCUUCGUGUUUUGACUGAGUGCUGAAUGCACUUGGUUUCGGAGCGCACAUUCAAGAGGGUAUAAGGCCCCUCUCCGAACUGCUCUUUCUCCGAGUGUCCUCAUUUUGCACACGGGACUGUGAAUUACGUUUAAUUGCACGUGUUUCGGGGUUCCCAGGGCCAACUUUACACGUCGUUGGCACCGCAUACUGGGCUAGUCGUUCACAUUAGGGCUCCUGGAGGAUCAGUGGCUCACAGAAGUGUGAAAAGGAGGUGGUAAAAGAAAGGGGCUGAGGGUGAAGUGGAGUAGAGGAAGAUGAGGCUGGAAAGCUAGAUUGCCGUCGCAGUGCAACGAGCUUUAGGUCGGAAGGCUACCUUUAGGUUGUAUUGAUCUGUUUGGACUUUCCAAUAAUCGGCAUGGAGUAAAUAGAUAACUUUGAGCUGAGCUGUGACAGAAUCAGACUUGUUUUGUGGGAGCAUCACCUUGGCAGUGAUACAGAGUGGGGAUGGGAUGGACAGAGGUGGGAUUUGGGACAUUUCCAAGGUAAAGCCACAGAAUUUGGUGAGUUACUGCGUGAAGCUGAGGGAUUUUGCAGAGUAGAACGACUCAAAUAUUCUAACCUGUGUGCUUGGAAGGUUGGAGAUACCAAAAUUUGGGUGAGAUAUAUAUAUAUAUUUUUUUAUAGGAAGAGGAGCCAAUUAUUUUUGAAGGAGGGCGGCAGUGAGGGCAUUUUUUUAGGGACAAAUUAAGUUGUAGCAACCACUCUUAGGAUUUUGUAUCCUAGGACAAAAUAAUUGUGUUUGAAGGAAAAUCUGAAUAGUCCAUCUCUGGCAUUUUUUUAAGUGAGUGUUUUCUGGGGGAGUUUUGCAUAUUUCUGGGUUUCAGGACUUCAACUACCAGCCUACCUGCUUUCCUCAUUGACAUGUGGGUGGUGGGAUCAGGAGAGCAGAUUUGGAGGCUUGAUUUUGGAUAUUCAGCGUCCUGGUGGUGCAGUGGUUAAGAGCUCAGCUGCUAACCAAAAGGUUGGCGGUUUGAAUCCACCAGGCUCCUUGGAAACCCCGUGGGGCGGUUGUACUACAGGGUUAUAGGGCUCUAUUGGGUUGCUGUGAGUUGGAAUCGACUCAUCAACAGUGGGCUUGGUUUUGGUUUUCUUCAUGUUUUAGUUUACUUUUAUAAUUGAGAGAGAGAGAACCAUCCAAAAAAAAGCUUUCUAGAUUUCUCAGGCAAAUGAAAAUUUUUAUCAAAAAUAAUUUAUUCAUGGUUAAGUCACCUCCCAGUUUUUCUUUUGAGAAUAUUGUAGGAUGAUGCAAGGUGUACUGCAUAUUUUCUACAUAGAGCGAAGUGUAAAAUUAGCACCAGAUAAAUAGUAGCUGCAACUUACUAUGUGUCAGAUGCUGUGUUAAGCAUUUUCCAUGCGUUACUUCAUUUAGUUCUUAGAAUAAUCCAGUUUUACAACAAGAAAUUUCUGAACACAGAACGGCAGAUGCAAAGCCAAUGCUUUUUAGGUACUCUGGAACUCCAGAAGUUUGAGCCGUUCUUGUAUGGUUACCUUUGUAAGUAAAUUAUAAAUAGAACAAACCGAAGGUAAUAAACAAGUUGGUCCUGUGGCAGUGGUUCCUUACGGGCUGGUUUUGCCUCCAGGGGACAUUUAGCAAUGUCUGGAGAUACUUUUGAUAGUUACAGUGUGGGGUGGGGUGGGAAAUGCUACUGGCAUCCAGAGGAUACAGGCCAGGGAUGCUGCUAAACAUUCUACAGUGCACUGAACAAAUAAUCAUCAGGUCCAAAAUGCCUGUAGUGCAGUGGGGAUGUUUCCUCAGGAGUAGGAAAUUGGGAUUCAUUAAUACUAACUUGGAGCCCUGGUGGCGGAGUGGCUGAGAUCAGCUGCUGACCAAAAGGCUGGCUGUAUGAAUCCACCAGCUGCCCCUUGGAAACCUAUGAGGUGCUUCUACUCUGUUUUAUAGGGUCGCUAUGAGUCAGAAUUGAGUCAACAGCAACGCGUUUUUUAAUACUAACUUUCUUAAAAGUACUUUUAUUUUUAAAAUCAUUAUUUGUCCUGAAAGGUGUGUGAGGCGUUUUACAGCUCAAACAGGAAAACGUAACUCAUUUUUAGAGUGAACCUGUGGCCACUGAUAAAAGCUGUAUAGUUCAACCACGUGUGCUUGAGACUGUUCUGUAACAUCCCUGCUAAGUGAUAAUUCCCUUUUGCAAAGAUUUCCUGUGUCUGGUUUCUCUAUAUUUUAAAUCCAUGUUCACACAGCUCUUAAUAAUUUUUCUUUACAUGGAGCUCCAGUUUCAUAAUUUUGACUUAAUGGGUUCCACUCCAUGGGACUAUACUCAGCAAACUUGUCACAUGUGUAAUUUGUAUGACGACAGUGUUUAUAUAUUUGUUUUAACAAAAAACCAACCCAAACCCAUUGCCCUCGAGUCGAUUCCGACUCAUAGCGACCCAAUAGGACAGAGUAGAACUGCCCCAUAGAGUUUCCAAGGAGCGCCUGGUCGAUUUGAACUGCUGACCUUUUGGUUAGCAGCUGUACCACUUAACCACUACACCACCAGGGUUUCCAUAUUUGUUUUAGUACAGUUAAUUUAAUAUAAAAUAACAUUUCAUUGACAGCUUUUAAAAAGUAUCAUUACUCUUCACUGGUAAAAUACUUUUUGGUGGUUGAGAACAAUAGGAAUAUAAGAGAUAUGUGGUUCAUUGUUCCAUUUUCCCUUUGAAGUAGUGGCACAAUGGAUCUAGGGUUUUUUAAGAGUCCUUUCUCAGUAUAAUAUCAGCAUAUUUGUUUCAAAUUGUGCAUAGACUCUAAAAACUUUUAUUUUUCAAACUCUGGUCAAUUAUACCCUUAGCUGUCAAGUUGAUUUCAACUCAUAGUGGCCCUGUAGGCCAGAGUAGAACUGCCCCCGUAGGGUUUCCAAGGCUGCAGUCUUUACAGAAGCAGACCGUCACAUCUUUCUCUCACAGAGCAGCUGGCAGGUUCAAACUGCCGACCUUUCAGUUAGCAGCCGAGUACUUUAACUGCUGCACCACCAGGGCUUCAAGUUUGCUUUAAAUAAUAGCUUUCUCUAUUACAAGUUUUGUUUAAUUUGCUUACAAAUGAGUCUGCUGUGAAAAUGGGUCCUACUGCCAGUCUCUGCCCUCUCCCCACAAAUUUGCUAGAUUUAUAAAGGUAGGUAUUUUGUUUUCAGAUCAGAAUUUCAGAAUAUGUUUACCCUAGGAUAUGGUUAACUCAACUAUAUUUAGCAUAUAUGUAUGUCUUAGUAAACAGUCUAGCUCUUUUUCAAAGUAAGUAGGAUUUUUAUUUAAUUGCCUAUUGACUUUUUUUUUCCAGGGUUCAUUGAAAAAUCCUUAGUGAUAUUGACAUGUUUCAAGUGACAUAAAUUAGCCAAUGACUCGGAAUGAUGGAUUCCCCGAAGAUUGGAAAUGGUUUGCCAGUGAUUGGACAAGGGACUGAUAGAGGGGUACCUUCACUCCACAGGGUGGGGAAUUUGGGAAAAAAUUAUGAUUCAGCUAAAGAUGCAUCAGAUGGGUAUUGCCCAGCUUGUCGAGAGAAGGGAAAGUUAAAAGCGUUAAAGACUUACCGAAUAAGUUUCCAAGAAUCUAUCUUUCUAUGUGAGGAUCUGCAGUGCAUCUAUCCUUUGGGCUCUAAAUCACUUAAUAACUUAAUUUGCCCGGAUUUGGAAGAUUGCCACAUUCCAAAUAAGCCUCAAAAAAGAAAGAUCUUGGCAACCAGCUAUGAAGAUUCACCUCCUUUAACAAAUUCCAAAAAGACUAGAAAUCAUUUUGUUAUUGAUGGUGAGCAGACUUUGAACAGCAAGCCUAAUGGAGACCCAUACGAUGAAACAUCAGGUUUACCUGAGUUACCACAAAGUGGCCGACAGAAUGUCGUUAGGACAGCUGAUUCCUUGGAGCAGAAGAUCGUGGAGCCUGACAGUGUUGACUGUCCUGCGGGAGAAGAUCCUCCUACAGUUGACAUCGCUGGAACCAGGGAGACCUCCCCUCAAAACCAAGGCUGCACCUCUGAGCUGGAAUUGCCUUUGGAGACCAGCAGUACGUCACUUUGCCAGACUUCCUGUGUCCAGUGGAAAAAUACUUUUGCUCUCUGCUGGUUAGAUUGUAUCCUGUCAGCAUUGGUGCACUUGGAAGGAUUAAGAAACGCUGUGACUGAACUGUGCACUACACAGGAAUCUGUGUUCCGGCAGCUCUUUACAAAAUAUAACGAAGCAGACAAGCUUCUGCAUACCCAUCAGCUGGAUGCAGUUAAAGAUGAAGAUUGUAAAAAACUUCCUUCAGUACUGUUUACAAAGAUAGAUGCCUGCCUGAAUGAAGUCAGAGAUGAAAUUUUUACUAGGCUUCAGCCCCAGCUUCGAUGCACAUUAGGUGACAUGGAAAGUCCUGUGUUUGCAUUUCCCCUGCUCUUAAAAAUAGAGCCUCACAUUGAAAAGCUCUUCAUGUAUUCCUUUUCUUGGAACUUUGAAUGUUCUCAGUGUGGACACAAAUAUCAGAACAGGUGUAUAAAGACUCUGGUCACCUUUACACAUGUCAUCCCUGAGUGGCAUCCACUUAAUGCUGCCCAUUUUGGCCCGUGUAACAGUUGCAACAAUAAAUCACAAAUACGGAAAAUGGUAUUGGAAAAAGUAUCUCCCAUAUUCAUGGUGCACUUUGUAGAAGGCUUACCGCAUAAUGACUUACAGCAGUAUUUGUUUCAUUUUGAAGACUCUAUUUAUCAAGUAACUUCUGUAAUUCAGUACCAAGCAAAUAAUCAUUUUAUAACAUGGAUCUUAGAUGCUGAUGGAAGUUGGCUUGAGUGUGAUGACUUAAAAGGCCCAUGUGCUGAGAGACAUGAGAAAUUUGAAGUUCCUGCUUCAGAGAUUCAUAUUGUUAUCUGGGAAGGAAAAAUAUCCCAAAUGAUAGAUACAACAGUUGCCGGCCUUCCACUUACAAAGAAGACUGAUCAGCAUGCUUUCAGCGAUGAGAACCCAGCGUUCCCAGCAUCGUGUUCUGUGGGCGAUGCUGCCUCGGCUGAAACGUCCUCAGUAACUCACCCCUCCGAUACGUCAGGUGUUCCAACUGCUCUUUCACAGGCUGAAGCUGUAGUUAUUGGAGAUCAGUCACUUUCAAGUCCAUGUGGUUUGGUUGACAAUAAUCUUUUAACUUUGACACUUGAAGAAAUACAGGUUAACUCUGAUGGUUUCCUCUUAGAAAAGAGACCUGUGGGAGAAAACGAAGGAAUUUUCGAAACAAAUACUUUGCAAUUGCAAGAAUCACUAACGAAUUCUUUCGUAUUAGCUCCUUGUACGGAAAAGCUUAUCAAAGACCAAGCUGUGGAUGUAAGGUUUCCAUCUCAAGUCAUAAAUGCAGACGUGCCGUCAGUACAGCCGAAUACAGAAGAUAUUGUAAUUACUCAACCUGUGAAUAAUGGUCAUGCUACUGAUCUUACACAAGGAGUAGAAUCAAUAGAAAUUGAGAGGAGUCCUCAGUUCAGACAAUUCCUUUCACCAGAAACUGAGAAAUUAAAGUCAGAACAUGUUACAUCUCAGGUGUCUAAUUUGAAGAAAAAAGAAGCUGCCACGCAUUCUCCAGGCAUAGCAGCUAGGUCGGUACAGAAUCAGCCUCCGAAAGCUCUGAAAGAAAAUCAGAAGAAACCGUUUGUGGGAAGUUGGGUGAAAGGCCUUUUAAGCAAGGGUGCUUCUUUUAUGCCACCUUGUGUCUCAGCUCAUACUAGAAACACUAUAACUGAUUUGCAGCCUUCAGUGAAAGGGGCAAGUAAUUUUGGUGGCUUUAAAACGAAAGGUAUAAACCAGAAGGCCAACCAGGUAUCCAGGAAAGCGCGAAAGUGUGCAAGUAAGCCGCCUCCGGUUAGUAAUCCUCCACCAAGUGACCCGUCUUCAGAUGGCACAGCUGCUCAUCUGCGCCCCAGUGGUAGUGCUGAUUCAGACGUUUUGAAGCAGAGUGAAAGCGCCCCUCACGGGGCUCACCUCAGUCACAGUUCUCAUGGCAACGAAAGUGGCAUUUCUUCAGCCAGCCACGGAAACUCAGUUGAUGGCCAGAUUCAUCGACUUCGACUAAAACUUCUUAAAAAACUUAAGGCAAAAAAGAAGAAAUUAGCUGCUCUUAUGUCUUCCCCCCAGAACGGAACACUUCCAGGUGAAAAUUUGGAAAAUGCCUCCCAUUGCGGGUCUCCAAAUGAUUGUGAAUCCAUAGAAGACUUGUUAAAUGAACUGCAGUACCAGAUUGAUAAUGCAGAUACUAAAUCCGGAUGCACCACAAUUGCUGGCGCUUCCCAAUGUAGCGGUCAAACUCAGGAAGAGAUUUUAGCAGAACUACUGUCUCCCACAGCUGUUGUUUCGGCAGAGCCUGCAGAGCACGGGGAAGCUGACUUCAGGUACUUGGAAAUGGGUGAUAACCGUAUUCCAGCGCCAGUAGCCGAUGCACUAAACACUACUCCCCAAGACACACACCUGAGACAGGACCAUAAUUAUUGCAGUCCCACCAAGAAACAUCAAGGUGAAGUUCAGACAGACUCACUAACAAGUCAUUCCUGCGUUAGAACCUUAAACUUGGAGACAUGCAUGAAAACUGAUAUUUUUGAUGAAUUUUUUUCUACUUCAGCAUUAAACUCUUUAGCAGAUGAUCCAUUAGACUUACCUCAUUUUGAUGAAUAUUUGUUUGAGAGUUGUUGAAUGCCUGUUAACUCUUUAGUUUAAUAUUUAUUACUGUCCUUGAAGAACUUAAGUUAUGUUUUUAGGUAGUGUUUUCCACACUGGCCUUGUCUGAAUAACCGUGAACAAAAUGUAAGCUACUGGAGAUGUUCCUUUGGCUCUACCUAAAAAGCACGGAAUCUGUUUUCCAAAUUAAAAUGAUCAAGAAUUUA